CCCCAGACAAUAAAAACAAGGCGAAGCCCACAUAGGCGGCAGCAUCUCAGCCCCCAGUCACAGGCAGGCAUCCGGACCGGGGAGUCGACUGAAAGGGGAGGGCACAACUAUGGAAGCACGGCCGCCGAUCUGGGAAAGAGAGAUGUAGCCGCAAAGAUGCCGCCCCACCGCAUCUCCUGUUUGCUCCUGCUCCUGUCGGUUUGGGAGGCGCUGGCCAAAUCUCUGCCGGAUCAGGGAGCGUUCGAGGUGCAAAUUAAAGUCCAGGUUUUUGACAACAGCGACCUCUCGCCGUUAGCAGACGCUCAGGUGGAAGUCCAUGGGAAUCAGACACUCUUGGCGUCCAGCCGUGCCGGAGACGAUGGUGUGGUGAGAGUCAGCUUCCUGUACCGAGCAGGCACAUGGGUCAUCAUUGCAGCCUCCAAACAGGAUUACGUCACCAACUCCGUGCCCUGGCACUCCAGUCGGAUCCCACUGUAUGCCUCGGUCAGCCUGUACCUCCUCGUUGAGAGGCCAGGAACUCUCAUCCUGUACGACGACGUCCUGCAGGUCUUGUCUGGAUCACCAGGAGCUCGUAACCAGCCGCUGGUUCAGCUGCAGAGGAAGUCCAUUCAGCUGCCUCCCAGCUCCAACUACACGGCGCUGUCUGCGGCGCUGACCACGGCCAGAAGUCAGUAUGAGAUUGGUGGGUUCCCGUUUCUUUUGGGCCAGGAGACCAACAGCUCAGGCGCUGAAACGGGAUGGACAGACCUGACAGCGCUGGCGGUGGUUAGCAUGCAGCUGUUUGAUAAAGAUGGCAGUACGAUCCAGGUCUCUGAUCCGAUCCACAUCUCUGUGCCGCUGCCGUCUGACACCCGGAACAGGAUGGCCACAAGCGUCCCUACUUGGCUGUAUCAGCCAAAGACGGGCUUGUGGGUUCGGAACGGGACUGGCUAUAUAAAAAAGGACGGGACGCAGUUUGUUUGGAACGCCGUGGUUCCUCAGAUGGGAUACUGGUUAGCUGCUUUUCCUUCAUCUUCAGGUUUUGGUCUUUCUCAUCCAGGUUUGAGGGACAUCACCACCUACCACACCCUCUUCCUGCUGUCCAUCCUGGGUUCAUUGGCUCUGCUGGUGCUCAUUCUGCUCUGUGUGCUGCUCUACUACUGCAGACGAAAAUGCUUAAAACCUCGCCGACAUCAAGGCAAACCCCACACAUCCAAUCUAAACGGAGCUAAGAGAGACCAGGGAACAUCGACUUCACGUCUGAAUCUGAUAUGUGGAGGCCACGUGGAAUCCGGCCCCUCCAACGACAAAUCAGACUUGUCUCCAUCUCGAGAAUACCAGAGUUCAAGAGAAGAGCUGACGAAGCAUGUCCCAGCUCACAUGCUGCGGCACGCGAAAGGUAAAAACAACUCGAGUUCCCAGCGGGGCGAGAGCUUCCCCAUGAAGGUUACACGCGCCACCGAGACCAACAACCUGGACAACCCUUUACUGCACGAAGACUACAACCGAAGCUACAGCCCCAAGGAGACCAAGGAGUCUGAGUAUCACAGACACCACAAUGCCAACGACAAUCGAGGUUACUCCUCCGAUCCUCCGUCCCCGCCUCGCUUCCAGGGAUACGUGCCGAGUCAGUCUGACAAGCCUCCAGAAUAUUCAGCUGCGGCAGCAGACAGCCUCGCCAGACCCACCUCUCUUAACACCCAGCCAGGUCAGAUCAUCUUCUGCAGCUCCAUUGACCAGAUGAAGGAGAACAUGUACAGGAGCAUGGUGCCAACCCUGGUCAUCCCAGCACACUACAUGCGCCUACCUUCUGAGUUCUCUGGUAAGGACGGGAAGGACCAGAAGGACCAGGACAAAGACGGGACACAAAUGGGCGGAGGCCAGCAGCAUCACCACCACCACUCCCAGAAACAAAGCCAGCAGCAGCAGCAAGGCGGAUCUCAGGGCGAUGACUCCGAGGAACCGAGCUGGGCCUCCGACUCCUCAGGUGGAGCCGUGACCAUCCCUGUGCUCUUCAACGACUCCACCAUGGCUCAGAUGAACGGGGAACUGCAGGCUCUGACGGAGAAGAAGCUCCUGGAGUUGGGUGUCAAACAGCACCCACGGGCAUGGUUCAUCUCCCUGGAUGGACGCGCUAACGCUCACGUCCGCCACUCCUACAUAGAUGUUAGCAAUGACCUUAGCGGCGGCGGAUUUGGAGGCGGCUCCAGUAGCGCUCAACGGGAUGUGAACCUCGAGCCGCCUCUUGAAUCCCAAGAGAGAAAAUUGGCUGGCAACCGUAAGGGAAAGGAUGAUCGCUGGGGGACAGGAGGACGGAAGGGCCACGGCGGCAGCGGCGGGGGUGGGAAGAAUUACUCCAAGCUUGCCUACCCUGACCACAGCGAGCCCAGUAGCAGCGAGGGACGCCCGGUGUCACCCGAAGAGAAUUCCCUCACUCCUCUUCUGGACGAAGGGUCGUCCUCACGCGGCUCCACCAUCCCCAGAAGAGGUCGCAGCCGGGGGAACAGCAGUCGCAGCAGCAACAGCGAGAAUCGGCGCGACUCCAUGACGAGCCCGGAGGAUGAUCCCGAUGACAAGGAUGAGAACAAGAAGAGCCCCUGGCAGAAGAUUGAAGACAGACCUCUCAUGGUCUUUCACCCCAGGAAGUGAGCUUUUCAAACUUGGUGAACACUGGAUCUUGGAUGAAUAUGGAGGUGGAGUGGAUUUUCCCUUCAGAAAGAUCCCAAUAAGCACAACCACUGCUUUACUGGUCAACUUUCUGGUAGUCGUUUUAACCUUUUUGAUGAUCAUCUCAGUUGAGCCCUCUGGCUUCUGCUGAUUCUGUCCAGUUUAUUGUGCAUCCUGUGACAUCACUGAACCACCAUCUGAGCCAUCCCUUAUACCGACUGUGGAAAUAGCCAUUUUGUAGAGUGAAAUACAAGAAUAGAGCACUUAAACUUUGAUAAAUGAUUAAUUGAUACUUACCAAAUGUAACCACACAAAUUCCUUGUUUUAUACCUUACAUAUGGUUCUAAAUUUAGAGAAAAGCUCACUGCUUUGUUCUAAAUGGUGUUUAGAAAAGGAUUGUAUGAAGGAAAGCGCUUCUCAAAACUAAUCAAGUUUGAAAUGUGUCAUGUUUUUCUGAAGCACCUGUGAAAAGAUAAUGUAUUUCAGUUACUUUGAUCUCUUCUUGAAAGAAACCAUUUCUUCUUUCUCCUUUACUGUGUUAAUGUACUGCGGUUUCUUAUUUAAAUCGUACUGGUUUGAUAUUUUAAGCAUAAUCUUUAAGUCACCCUUUCUGUCUCUGACUUAUCAUAGUGAUGUACUGUACAAUUUUGCCAAAAUGUCUGCCUUUCCCCCGUUGAGAUUUUUUCAACCACAAGAACCUUUUUCUGUGUAAAUAGAACCGCAGACAUUCGAGCGACCAUUUGUCAUAGCAAGAUUGCAUGCAUUUGAAUGUAUGAAGUUAACAGAAGGCACUAAAAAGCCCCGGCCCUACUGUUCUUUAGGCUCCUGUGUAGCCACUCCCUAAUUGUCUCAAAACGUCUGCAGCUCAGCAAAACCACUAAUUUACUUGAAGAUUCACUGCUGAGAUCCACACAGUGGUGUGCAGACAGGGCCUGUACCACUUCCCUUCUGUAAGUGCCUUCUUUCACGUAGAAUUGAGUGAUAGGCAUGGUCUUCAAAAUGCAGUUAAUUGUCAACUAAACCAUGCUGUCGAGAUUGACAGGCACUAAUAAGCACACUGCAUUGAGGUAACAACAACAUGUGACACUGGGGAGCAUGCCUGCCAAAUCUGACAGCUUUUCUUGUGGCUAUUCUAUCCUUGGAUAUCUAACUUCUUGUAAUUAUACUGUUUUUUCACCAAACUUGUAAAUGUUAUGAGGAAUUCUAUGAGAUUUUAUGUGUAUAAAAUGUGCAUGUAACAUGUAGAAUAGGGUGUUUUUAUUGAAACCUUUUUUGAAAAUGAUAAGGAGGAUAUUUGGCACAAAACAUGAAUCACAGUUGCACUGAAUUCUGUUGCCAAAUGGUCUCAGUUGUUCCAAGAUACACUGACUUUUAUCGGUAAAGAGAUAGUCGUUCGCUUUUUUGGUGGCAUUGUGUGGAAAGAGAUGUACUAUCUUGCCAGCCAGAGCUAGUUGGACUUGAAAAAUCAAUGGAAUUAUCAUAGAUACGUGGGUCAAGCUAACAGCUACUAAAGCUGAUAAUCAACGUCAGGAUGUGAAGCACUCGAGCUAAAAGCUAGAAUAGAAUUUAUCGUCACUGUUUUACAUACUGAAAAUCAAGGGGAUACAAACUAUUUUGGAGUCUGUAGAAUUUUGUUUUUAAAGUCCUGAACAUUUUUCCAGAUAAAAGUGGAGAGAAAGUAAUGAGUGGAGUCUUGCAAUGGUGCUAGCUUUCUUCUGGAAUCUGCAGGUGCAAAUGUCCAUCAGAGAGGGAAGCCGUGAUCAAAUAACACAAGCUGCUGCCAUCAUCCCCUGCUGCAGGUUCGGCCUGUUCUUCACAGAGCAGCUGGACCUCCACUCAUUAUUAUCAAAAAUCAGUCGUGCCACAGUGGUGUCGUCAGCAUACUUGACUAUUGUAUUGGUGGAGUGAAUGGGGGAACAGUCAUUACUGAAUAAAGAAUGAGACAGAGUACACACCCCAGUUGUGUCCCUGGGAUUAGGAUAAGGGUUGUGUGCUUACCCAGUCUGUGGCCUUGCCGCAGUUCAGAUUUGCAAUUUCUGAAGGUUGUUCUGAUGACACCACCUGCACCAGCAGCCUUCCUCGCGUUGACUCUUUGCAGGGUUGAUAUGACCUAGUGUUGGCUUAGCUGUAAUGGGUCCUCCUCUGUACUAGUCUGGUUGAGGGUGGGUCAGGGUGCCUGCUUGGUCUAAACGAGAGAAGAAGCUGUUCAGAGUGUCUAUGAGGGUCCUGUCUGUGGUGCUGUCACUUAAGUUGUAACAGGCCAGAAGUGUAAUCCAUUGCCACACCUUUUGCUGUUGUUUGUGGAAAAGUCUUCUUCUAUGUGCUGCCUCUCUGACUCCCUUCUCUUGCUUCCACCGGGCUUCUUUGUUGGUCUGCAGGUCUCCAGAUUUAAAAGCAGCCUGCCAUGCUCUGAGCAGAGUUUUAAGUUUGCUGAUGAGCCAUGGUUUUUGGUUUGAAAAAACUUAACAGCUUUAGUCAAGAGUCAAGUCAACCACAGCUAAUGCUAACCUCUAAUCAGAGUAAAGCUUAUCCCUAGUCAGAGUCAACCUAACAAAUGAUCACAGUUAAACCAGCUUAUCAGCUGAUAGCUAUUUAGAAAUUCGCCUACUUAAGGUUAAGCUAAUAACUACCCAGGGUAAAGAUAAAAGCUAAUUGUAGCCAUGGUAACACUCUGUCAAUUUAACAGCCAUCCAAAAGUUCAGUUAAAGGAGCAAUAAACAAAAUUUCAUUAUUUUAGAUAAAAUAACCAAAAAAAUUAAUGUGAAGACCUAAAAGUAAUAUCUCAGAUGGGCUAUGGUGUGACGUCACACCGCAUCGCCAUAUGUUGUUCUCCAGUCCCUUGUUUACAUAGCUGGGCCGGCCGUACGUGCAUGUACGUGCAUAUGAACAGCUGCCACCGUCAGAGCGGCACAGCAUUGGAGCAACAUGGCGGAUCAAAAUGUUCCCUUGCUAACAGCACUAUAAAGUUAUUAUGACUUACUUCCUCACAAGAUGCUCCUUCGAAAGGUGAUGUUGUUUUGCUGUUUUUAUCAUUUACAAAUAUACGCAUAGGAGGCGACGAGUGAGAAGGGAAAGUAGGAGCCAGGUUGUAGCUGGAGUGGAGGUACAUCUUGUUUUGGUCUGCAGACAGUGCUCAAACACCACCUAGUGGUGAAGUAUUGCUUAUUUCUCCUUUAAUGGUUACUGAAUCGAGCUCAAAUAAACUCAGCAAACACUUGCUCAAACUAAAGAUAACUGCUACUUGGAGUCAAACUAACAGACAUUAGUGCUAACAGCUACCCAGAAGUCCCAGCUUCUCUGGCCAUGUUAUGGAUAACUGGUGGCUUGACACGAAGUAGUUGUUAGCUUGACUCUUUCAUUGAAAUGUUCCCUGAUUCUUGAAACUGAGAUUGCUUUGAGAGCUUUCUGCCACAUGUAAGAUACUGACUGCAUCCACCUACCCCGCACAAACCCACUUAAAAAAAGCACUUAUCUCUCUAACCUUGCUGUAACAAAAUUUACUUCCGGUCAUAAAUGUUUACAACAACAUACUGACCAACAUGCUCCCGCUGUUACUAUCAUCACUGCCUGUAAAUCAUCAGCAACUGUGAACUUAAGGAAAAUAAUGUUUUUGUUGCAGAAUAAUCGACUAAAAUAAAUAAAAAUGUUGGGAAAGUCAUGCUGGAGUGUUCUCACCAUUCACUCGCUGUUCAUAAAUCUGUUUCACAUGUCUACAGUACAAACUGAAAAUGCAACCCAAUUCCAAGGAAUAACCACAACAAAAUGAUCCUAGCGGAUUUGUGUUGUUCAUUUUGGUAAUUGUAAAGUUUUUUUGUAUUUAGACAAGGUAUGGAUUUUUUUAUAAAGUGUGAAGUUGUGGCUUUCUUUGCCUAAGUUACACAAAAGUUUUUUUUUGUUUUUUAGCCAAUUCAGCGAAGUCGCAUCACAAACACUAUGAACACAACUGAAUCUCCCGUAGAGACAGUUUCAACUGUGCUGUUCACUUUGUUGGAUUUUACCUGUGCAUUUGAGGUUGACAAGCUCAGAACUGCAUCAUCCUGUGCAUUAAAUUAUUUGCUUCAUGAACCUGGUCAGCUGUUUGUAAACUGUAAAAUGUAUCCUUUCUGUAAAUUAGACAAGAUACAAAUAAAUUUGUUCCCACAAUA